AUGGUUGUGGAAGCGCUGCUGUCCAUGGAGCACUGCCACGGCCCCAGUGCGGCCGCUUUGGCUGCUGCACCGCACGCCCCCUACCCAGACACCCUCCGGCUGCCGCCCCGGCGAGUUUGUGUGUCUGGCGCUGCCCACCCGCUGCCCACUCGUCCGGAUGCUGAGCACCAGAGCGACCCAUCGCCGCGCGCGAGGCUCAGACAGUCGCUUGGCCAUCGCACAGAGCUCGAUCUCGUUACACAGCCGAGCGCUGGAGAGAGAAGUGGUUGUGAAAAGGACAAGGAAUCCUCAGCCGAAGUUCACACGGGAACGCUGCGUGGGAAACGCCACCGGGCACGCGGGACGCUGCGGGGACGGCGCCUGCGAGAGGCGGAGACACAAACCCACGGAGCCCCUUCGUGCCAGGCUGUCACCUCGCAGAAAGGCUACAGUGUUCCUGGAAACCAUUAUCAGCCUCUAAUGAUAUUAUCAAAAUUGGAGCGUGCUGUGGUGGGGCCGGGAGGAGGCAGCUCCACGGCCGCCGCUGCCCUGCCCGGGGAGCCUCGGCGGGACGGCGGCUGCGGCCCCACCGACCCUCCUCUGGAGCCAAAGGCAGUUCCCUAAUAGAGCCCCAGCACUCCCCAACGUGGAGCCUUCCUCUGCAGCAGGAGUGAGCCCGGCCUCCCUGCAGCACGUGUGUGUGGGUCAGCGGCUCUGGGAGGAGAGCGCAGCACACGGCACCGCACCAGCGGGCCACCGGGACCCCCACGCCGGGGCUCAGCUCAGCCCCUUCCCCUCGGCACACACCUGAUGCUGGCGCAAGAGUCACCUGCGAGCCCUGCUGGAGCCGGGGCCGGCCGGGAGCUCCAGGGCACGGCACAG